AUGGAAGCGGGUUAUGGCUCCGCGAGGCUCUCGGCGGUCGACCGCAGGAAAACACUCAUCAAACCCGAAAGAUAUCAAGCGCCUGCGGCUAUGUUGCCCGGUAAAGAAAAAAAAACCUUUGAUGUUUGGGUAAUUUUCUCUAAAAUUGUCACUUUCUGGGCUCCUGGAGCGCUUCUAUCUUCUAUUGGUGGUCUUCAUGAUGAAGCAUCACAGCAAGCUUGGCGUGAAAAAGUUACCUUAUGUUUUAUCGCCGUAGUUAUGGGUAGUACUGUUGCCUUCUUAACUGUUGGCUUUGCUGCUGUAUUAUGUCCUCCAGAUCAAGCAAAUAAUCCUCAAUUAUUUAAGCGUUAUGGUGACGCACCCGGUCAUUUGGGUAUUCUUGGAUAUCAAUUUGAUGUAUCUAACGCUAAAGCAAACAGUACUCCAAAUUUUGAUUGGGCUAAUUUAACAAAGACACAAAAUAGUCAAGAUAUUACAAACUUUUUUUUUCGUGAUAAUUCUAAAAUUCCUGGUUGUCAAGAUCCUACUAUCCAAAAAUUUGCUGCUGUAACAAUGCCACUUUGUGUACCUGCGAGUUCUUGUCCUCUUGAUACAAUUAGUAAUGCUACUUUUGGUACUUAUGGUAUUGUUAACACUACAAAAAAAGUUGGCUUCGAUUGGAGUCAAGUCGGCAACAUAUCUCACUAUUUAGUUAUUGAUGGCAAUGUUCUUAAUCUUAAAAAUUAUAUGGCUGCCAAUCCAAAACCACUUAAUAGUACUAAUAAUACUGAUACGAUGGAUAUAGUCAUUCGUACUGUCUUAAAUUCACCUCAUGCUCAAUAUGGAAGAGAUGCUACUCGACUUUUCUUUGGUAAACCCGAUCUGAAAGCUGCGGUUAAUUGUCUUGUUAACAAAUAUUAUGCCGGAAACAUUGAUAAACAAACAAUUGGAUGUUUCACCUCAGAACUUUUCUUAUACGUUUCAUUGACCGUCAUUUUGAGUAUCGUCUUAUGUCGAUUUUUUAUGGCGUGUAUUUUUGAUUGGUUUAUCUCCCAUCGUCUUGCUCUUGAACCAAAAGUCAAAGAUGCUAAUAGUAAUAAACCUUGGGUUCCUGGAACUAGUACUGUUAGGAAGGGAAUGACGAUGGAUGAUGUUGGAAAAGAUUUAUUUACUGUUUUACUUGUUACUUGUUAUUCUGAAGAUGAAGUUGGUAUAAGGUGUACUUGUGAAUCAAUGGCUGGUACUGCCUAUCCUGAUGAUCGCAAAUUAUUAUUCCUUAUUUGUGAUGGUAUCAUCGUUGGUAGUGGUAACGAAAAAAGUACUCCUGAUAUUUGUGUUGGUCUAAUGGAACUUGAACCUGAGUUCUCUGAUCCACAACCUCAAAGUUAUAUUGCUGUAGCUGCUGGGUCUAAACAACAUAAUAUGGCCAAAGUUUAUGCCGGAUAUUUCCCUUAUCAAGAUCGUCGUGUUCCUAUGGUUGUUGUUGUAAAAUGUGGUACUCCUGAAGAACAAGGCAAAGCAAAGCCUGACUAUGACUUGUUUAGAAAAAUUCAUCAUUUGAUGGGUGUAACUCCCGACUUUUUCGAAAUUGUUUUAAUGGUGGACGCUGAUACAAAAGUAUAUCCAAAUUCACUUCGACUUUUGAUUAAUUGUAUGUACAAUGAUCCUUUCAUUAUGGGUUUAUGUGGAGAAACGAAAAUUGCCAACAAACGUGAUUCUUGGGUAACGGCAAUUCAAGUUUUUGAAUACUACAUUUCACAUCAUUUGGGUAAAGGUUUUGAAUCAGUAUUUGGUGGUGUUACUUGUUUACCCGGUUGUUUCUGUAUGUAUCGUCUUAAAGCUCGUAAAGGUGAUGAUGAUUGGGUACCAAUUAUUACAAAACCAGAAAUUGUUCAUGAAUAUUCUCAAAAUACCGUUGAAACUCUUCAUCAAAAGAAUUUAUUACUUCUUGGUGAAGAUCGUUUCUUAACUACCCUUAUGUUACGAAACUUCCCACACCGUAAAAUGAUGUUCUGUCCACAAGCAGUCUGUAAAACUGUAGUACCUGACGAUUUCUGGGUUUUACUCUCUCAAAGACGUCGUUGGAUUAAUUCCACAAUUCACAACCUUAUGGAACUUGUUCUCGUCCGAAAUCUUUGUGGAACUUUUUGCUUUUCUAUGCAAUUUGUCGUUUUUAUGGAAUUGAUCGGUACCGUGGUCCUUCCUGUAGCUAUAAUAUUAACUUAUGCAUUGAUUGUUGCAAUGAUCAUGAAACCACCAAGUGAUUUUACUGAAGCAAUCCCAUUGAUGAUGUUGUGUAUGGUUCUUGGUUUACCAGCCAUUUUAAUUUUAAUUACUACACGUAAAGUAAUAUACAUCGCAUGGAUGUUUGUUUAUCUUUUGGCUUUACCUAUAUGGAAUUUCGUUUUACCAACUUAUGCAUAUUGGCAUUUUGACGAUUUCUCUUGGGGUGAAACCAGAAAAGUUGAAGGUGAAACCGCUGGCGAUGAUCAUGGUAAAAAAGAAGGUAGUUUUGAUGCUAAUAAAGUUCCAUUGAAACGUUGGGAAGAUUGGGAACGUGUUCGUCUUCGCAGGAAUAAACGCCAAGAACGUCAAGAACGUGCGAACCAACAAAAAGGUCCAUCACAUUUGACACAUCAAGUUUAUACUGGUGAUGACCAAAGCAACGCAUCAUUACUCGCGUCAAAUUACGUCAAUUAUGAAGGAGAUUACCAAGAUGCAAUGUCAAUGCACUCUACCGCUUCAGGAGACCUUGGACCUCAACAGCAAUAUUACGAUUAUUCGAACAGCAGAUAUCAACCACAGGAUUAUGACCGUUACCAACAAGAACAAUUUGAUAAUAUGCGGUUUGGCAAUACCCACGAUUUACAACGCGCACCAUCACCAAGAUUACCAGAAAACAAUUAUUAA